ACAUAACUGCGUCCCCAGCCUCCGAUUAGCUGCUUUAAAACACACUUUAGGCGCUUUUUCAGCCUCUGUCCGCUACAGACGAGCUGUACCAGAUAAGAGCUAUAAAACACAGCUGAAUGCUGACAUGUCGGCCAUUUUAAACGGUGUUAUACAACACUACAGCGAAGGGAGGAAAGCACAUUACGGAAACGUGACAGGGGAACGGUUGUAUAACGGCGGAUUCUGACCAAUAGGAAGGCGCCAUUUUUGUCCUGCGUGUUCCUGUGGGUGGAGAUGUUGGUACACAGAGGACGAGUGGCAUGGCCGGAGAGUUUACCAGGUGUGAGUUUAUACUUUUUACAUUUCUGUGACAAGUUGGCGGACUUACUUUGUUCGGACUAUCUUUACUGGCGGAGGGAUAUAAAGGUACCGGUGCGUUUGUACGUAGUUUUGAAAUACCGUGAGUGAAGGCUCCUGUUAGUCUCGUGCGUUAGUUUAAUGUUAUUAGACAGACGUUUGUAGUUGCUGGCUGUAAACUGGUGUCUCUGGAUCUAGUUCCUCAUACUCGGUGGUUCUUCCAUCGUCUCUAAUCAGGACUACAGUCCCACCGAUCCUCGGGACCUCGGCGGUCACCUGCUCUCACACAUGCUGCCUCCGCUGCUCCGGAACUGUGGGGAUGAAUUCAUGGAGCAAGGCUAGAGCAAGAAACGCCAGAAAAAUAACAAGCAACAAUUUAUAAGCACAGUCAACGAGUGCUGAACUGUCGGGAGAGCAUCCUAUUAUUGUCGGGGAAACCUCCCCCCUUAUUCCACCUCACCUGGGAUCAGUAAGGACGGCAGGUGACAUGGUGGUCAACACCAUCCACUGGUUCAGGAAGGGACUGCGGCUGCACGACAACCCGUCUCUGAGGGACUCCAUCCGGGGAGCGGACACCCUGCGGUGCAUCUACAUCCUGGACCCCUGGUUCGCAGGCUCCUCCAACGUGGGCAUCAACAGGUGGAGAUUUCUGCUGCAGUGUUUGGAGGACUUGGACGCCAGCCUGCGGAAACUCAACUCUCGUCUGUUCGUCAUCCGAGGACAGCCCACGGACGUCUUCCCUCGUCUGUUUAAGGAGUGGAAAAUCACUCGCUUGUCUUAUGAGUACGACUCUGAGCCGUUUGGGAAGGAGCGCGACGCCGCCAUCCAGAAGCUGGCCAGUGAAGCGAAGGUGGAGGUCAUCGUGCGGAUUUCUCACACACUUUACGACCUGGCCAGGAUCAUCGAGCUGAACAAUGGUCAGCCUCCUCUCACUUAUAAGCGCUUCCAGGCCCUCAUCACCCGCAUGGACGCCGUGGAGCUUCCAGCAGAGACAAUCACGCAGCAGACCAUCAAAAACUGUGCUACACCAAUCAGAGACGACCACGACGACAAGUUUGGGGUGCCGACCCUGGAGGAGCUGGGCUUUGAGACGGAGGGUCUGAGCACAGCUGUGUGGCCGGGGGGAGAAACAGAAGCUCUGAUUCGUCUGGAGAGACACCUGGAGAGGACGGCCUGGGUGGCGAACUUUGAGCGUCCUCGUAUGAACGCCAACUCCCUGCUCGCCAGUCCCACCGGCGUCACACCCUACCUACGCUUUGGAUGUCUCUCCUGCCGACUCUUCUACCACAAACUCACCGACCUGUACAGGAAGGUGAAGAGGAACGACGCCCCCCCGCUCCUGCUCUACAGCCAGCUUCUAUGGAGGGAGUUCUUCUACACGACGGCCACCAACAACCCCUGCUUCGACAAGAUGGAGGGAAACCCCGUGUGCGUGCAGAUCCCCUGGGACAGGAACCCCGAGGCCCUGGCCAAGUGGGCCGAAGGUCAGACGGGCUUUCCCUGGAUCGACGCCAUCAUGACCCAGCUGAGGCAGGAGGGAUGGAUCCAUCCUCUGGCCCGGCGCUCCGUGGUCUGCUUCCUGACCAGAGGAGACCUGUGGGUCAGCUGGGAGGAGGGCAUGAAGGUGUUCGAGGAGCUUCUCAUCGACGCAGACUGGAGCGUAAACGCCGGCAGCUGGAUGUGGCUCUCCUGCAGCUCCUUCUUCCAGCAGUUUUUCAACUGUUGCUGCCCCGUCGGGUUCGGACGUCAGAUGGACCCCAACGGGGACUACAUAAGGCGCUAUCUGCCCAUAUUAAGAGGCUUUCCAGCGAGGUACAUCUAUGAUCCGUGGAACGCUCCGGAGGAAGUUCAGAAGGUAGAGAAGUGUAUCAUCGGAGUCCACUACCCUAAACCCAUGGUGAACCACGCCGAGGCCAGCCGCAUCAACAUCGAGAGGAUGAAGCAGAUCUACCAGCAGCUGUCCUGCUACAGAGGACUGGGUCUUCUGGCUUCAGUUCCAGCCAACUCCAGCAGUAACAUGAGAGGAGUCGGAGCCGGGACUGGCCCGGGUUCAGGAAGGACCUCUGAGAAAAACCCCACCCAGGAAGGAACACGUCAGACAGCAGAACGAGGCCAGACGACGCUGAAGCGGCGCCGUGAGGAGGCGGCGCCUGAAAGCAGCUGUAAAACCAUGAAGCAGAGCAAAUAAAAGUGAAAGGACUCAUAUAAAAGUUCAGCUCAUUGAUGUGAACGUCGUCG